CUCUCCUUCAUCGUCUCCGAACCAAACUGAACGCAGAAUUCACAGAUCCACAGAAAGGACACGAUUCUCAUCUACACGUAUUUGAUUGAUAAUUCAUCUAACCGUGGCUCCCUCAGCUUCGCAAGCCCUUUCUCGAAGGAAACCCUCUUCUGCUUCUGCUUCUUCUUCGCAAUCGCAAUCGCAAUCGCAAUCUUCUAUUGCUCCUACUAGAAUCGUGUAUAGAGAACCUAUACCUUUCUGGCAGCAGAAUUGGUUCAUUGGAUUGCUUUUCGCCAUGGCGAUUGCCUUUUUUUCUCUUUCAAUCUUCCUCUUCCUCAACCUUGAUAUCGAAUACGGCUCCUUUUCCCCUGCCUCUGCCGCUUCCUCUUCCUCUGAGGGCCCCGAGAUUACAUACGGAACCGUUCUCAAGCUGAUGCAUGAGAGGACAAAAUUUCGACUGCAUUCCCAUGAUGUGCCGUAUGGCACUGGCAGUGGGCAGCAAUCUGUUACGGGAUUUCCUGAUGUUGAUGAUGCCAAUAGUUACUGGAUUGUUAGGCCUCAACUAGGUUCAGAUGCCAAACAAGGUGAUCGCAUCGAAACUGGGACAGUUAUUCGCCUGCAACACAUGAAGACUAGAAAAUGGCUGCACAGCCAUUUGCAUUUAUCACCAAUAUCAGGCAAUCUUGAGGUUAGCUGCUUUGGAGGAGAGACUGAAUCUGACACAGGGGAUUACUGGAGGCUUCUGAUUGAAGGCAGUGGGAAGACUUGGAAGCAAGAUCAAAGGAUUCGGCUGCAACAUAUUGACACUGGUGGCUACCUUCAUAGUCAUGACAAGAAAUACCAAAGGAUAGCUGGGGGGCAGCAAGAGGUUUGUACUUACCAAGAAAAGCGAGCUGAUAAUGUUUGGCUGGCAGCAGAAGGUGUGUACCUCCCAGUUACCCAGAGUAAGUAGAACAUAGUUAUACUGUUGGGCUUUACAUGGUAAAACCGGGUGCAUGGGUUUUGAAUUUUGGGGGUGGCUGGUGCCUGUUAUUACUUGUUAUAAUAGCUGUAGAUGUUUUAUAAAAUGAAGAAAUAUGUUUCAGAGAUCGGUUUGCAACAUUGUUUAUUAUUGUUUCUUUUUCAUGCAUUAUAUGCAAAACUUCAUUUGCCGGAAGAAAAAAAUAACACUUGGGAUUAACAGUGAGCUA